AACAAAGCGAAGUCCCUGCCCCAUUCCUCUGUAGAGGCUCGAGGAGUGACUGGAACCCUGAGCACGAGAGCGUCUGCGCAUACGCGGAACAUUAAGGGGAAAGGGAGUGGAGACAGGAUACAGAAUAUUUCAUGUAUUUACUGUAAAAAAAAAAAAAAGAAAAAAGAAAAAAGGGUUAUCUUAACGAAGAAUCAAAGACGGAAAUAGAGUGAUGUCUUCCCUUUGGUGGCUGCUCUCAAAUAAUACCUCUCCCUCCGGCUUCCUGGACAAUACUACCUGCUUCAGCUCCACGCAGGCCACCGUACUCAGUGGAAACCAGUUUGGAGGAGUGCCAGUCGUGCUACUGCUCGAUUUCUCUGUCUUCCUGGUGUUGCUGAUCCUCUUCUCUAUUAUCAGAACAAAGUUUUGGGACUAUGGGCGUCUAGCACUGGUUGCAGACAAUGAAGGGUUCACUGAGUCAACACACCGUCGCUAUGGGCGCAUGUCAUCCAUUGUAUCCAGCUUGGAUGAAAGUGAGAAUGAAAUGGGAUUCUGCUCUUGGCUGCCUUACAUCCUCAGAAUGGAUGAGGAAAAAAUAAAAGGCAAAUGUGGCAUGGACGCUGUUCACUACCUGUCCUUUCAGCGUCAUCUGAUCGUCUUGCUGCUUGUCAUAACUGUCACCUCCCUGUCGAUCAUAUUGCCUGUAAACCUGAGUGGAGACCUGAUGGGUAAUGAUCCCAAGACAUUUGGAAGGACGACCAUUGGAAAUCUUCAAAAGGGAAACAACUUGUUAUGGCUGCACACAGUGUUUGCAGUUCUCUACCUGGCCCUCACAGUUGUUGUCCUGCGACAUUACACAUCACAAAUAAAGGGCAUACAGAGAGAGACAGCGAGAAACACCUUGUUUGUGUGUUCAGUUCCUAAAACAGCAACAGAGGAAGCUGUAAAGACCCAUUUCAUAGAGGCGUACCCUACCUGUCGAGUAUGUGCUGUGACACUGGGCUAUGACGUGGCCAAGGUCAUGUACCUUGAUAAGGAAAGGAUCCGAGCCGGAAAAAACCUGCGCUACUAUGAGCGCAUCCUAGAGAAAACAGGAAAACGGGAAUUGAUCAACCCCCGUUUUUGUGGGCAUCUCUGUUGCUGCUCCAACUGUGAGAAGGUUGAUGCCAUAGAGUACUACAGUGCUAAAGAAAAAGACCUUCUGGAGGAGGUGAGGCAGCAGGUAGAACUGGUGCCAGAGCGCCCCCUGGGGAUUGCCUUUGUUACCUUGCAGACUGAGGCUAUGGCCAAAUACAUUCUGAAAGACUUCAACGCGCUCAAGUGUAGUGGCACAAGCUGCUGCUGUGGGAUUGAGCCCCAGCCUUCAUCCAACAGUGGGACUCUGAAAGUGAACAAGUGGAGGGUCAGCUUUGCACCACAUCCUAGAAAUGUGUUCUGGGACAAUCUCUCAGUUCGGGGUUUUAACUGGUUCCUGCGCUGUGUGAUGAUCAACUUCUUCCUUUUCUUCCUGCUUACCUUCCUCACGACUCCCACCAUCAUCAUCAACGUCAUGGACAAGUUCAACGUGACCAAGCCCAUCUACUAUCUCAACAGCCCAAUUAUCAGUCAGUUCUUCCCCACUCUCCUACUGUGGUCCUUCUCUGCAUUGCUGCCUACCAUAGUCUACUAUUCUACACUAGGAGAAGCACACUGGAGCAGGUCCAGUGAGCAGCUGAGCAUGAUGCAUAAGCUCUACUUCUUCCUGCUCUUCAUGGUGCUGAUCCUCCCCUCGCUAGGACUCAGCAGCUUGCACUGUUUUUUCCGCUGGCUGUUUGAUAAAACAUUUCUCACAGAUGGAACAUUGAGAUUUGAGUGUGUGUUUUUGCCUGACCAAGGGGCAUUUUUUGUCAACUAUGUGAUCGCAGCAGCCCUGGUGGGCUCUGGGAUGGAGUUGCUGCGGUUGCCAGGGUUACUGCUUUACACCAUUCGUAUGGCAUUUGCACGCUCUGCUGCUGAAAGGAAAUAUGUCAAACAGAACCAGGCCUACGAAUUUGAAUAUGGAGCCAUGUAUGGCUGGUCCCUCUGUGUGUUCACUGUCAUUAUGGCUUACAGCAUCAUUUGUCCUCUGAUUGUGCCUUUUGGUCUCCUAUACAUGCUGCUGAAGCACCUGGUGGACAAACACAACCUGUAUUUUGCCUAUCUCCCUGCCCGCCUAGACCGCCAGGUCCACCUGGCAGCUGUCAAUCAAGCCCUGGCCGCGCCCAUCAUCUGUCUGAUUUGGCUUUACUUCUUUUCUGUCCUCAGAACAGGUUUCUUCACCUCCACAUCUCUUUUCACCCUGGUGGUCCUGUGUAUCACUGUCUUCAUCUGCAUUAGCUACUCCUGCUUCGGCCAUUUCAAAUAUCUCAGUCCACACAAUUCUGCGGUUAAAGAAGAAGAUGAGGAUACAGCAGAGGGAGCGAAGGAAAGCACCACGGUCUACCUUCCCAGAGUGCUUAAUCCCAAAUCACCUGUCAGCACCAUGCAGGAGUCGAAACUUCAGCAGUCUUACGGCUCUACAGAGGGGAGUCUGGCCUGCAGCUCCAGCCCAGUGGAGGAAAGCACAUCAGACAGCUGAGCCAGUGUCUUUCAGCACUGACUCAAAGCUUUGGAGUCAUUCCCUUGACUCCUGAUUGUAAAUCUACUUCCCUCACAGCAAUCUCAGAAUUCAAUUUUGAAUUCAACCCCACCCUAUUGCUUAGUCAGACACAGCCUGUUGAGAGGAACAUCUCCAGAUGGUACAAAUGAACAGUGCAAUGGGUUCCAAAGAGCAACACCAAGCACCAAGUGCAACUUUCUCACCUUCUGUUUUUGGAAGGAUGACUUUAAAGUACCAGUGAGGACAGUUUGUUACAUUUAAAUUUUUUUAAUUUAAUAUUUGGAUCAUUAUUUGCACCUGAUUACACAUACAUCCUUGUGAAACCUGCCACGUCAUCUCCCUCAGUCUUGUCUGUCAUGUAUGUUAUAUAUUUCUGUAUUAGACCUCACUGAUAAGGACCAAAUCACCAAGGAAUAUUUAGCCAUAACCUGCCAUGUCAAGCCAUAAUGUUUGGAGAGAAAAUAUUGAGAUUCAUUUCUUGCACAUAAAUGAUAUGAAGCCAAUUAUGCAAUGAAGGUAAUUAUAUAGAUAUAUUCAGAACACAAUAAUCAAACCACCACCACUGAUGCCAAAGAGGUGGACAAGCAGAGCUUUCUGUAUUUCCCCAGAUUUACCCAGAGUGCCUUUUUUGAUGCCAAGGGAAUAACUUAUUGUGUUAAUAAUGCACUUUUUAUAUUAGGAGGGGUAUUCUGUCUUUUUGUGUACUAACAAGAGCUUAAUAUUUUUACUUUUGAAAUGACACAAGGGCACAAAUAUUUUUAUCAGUAUUGCAAGAGCAACUGAAAACAAACAAAACCUUUUUCUGUAUAUUGCAUUGGUUAAGUAUCAUUAUUGUUAAGGUACAAAAAUGAUGCUCUGUGAGUGAGUGUUUUGAACAGGUCAUUGUUUAUUUUCGUAGUUAAUGUACUUUCUAAUGUAAUUUCUGUUUUAAAAUGUCCAUUUUAAGAAGGAACUAAAUCCAAGAAGCAAACCAAAGUGCUAAGUGGGUGGUAGUAAUAGUGGUAACAGAUAAAAUGUCUUUAGAUUGUAUAUGGUAAGAGGAACUCAGUCUUAGUUUUGUAUAUGGUGAUGCACAUUCAGUAUUAAACAAUCUUAUGUGCUGUUUUAAAAUACAAGUGUACAACUGUA